GGGGAGGAGGGGAGGAAAAGACAGGGGAGUGGUAACAGAGGGGAAAGGAGGGAUUUGUCCUGAUGGCAAAGACCUUUAAGUAAUUUUUUUCCUUCUGUGCUGGUCAGAGAAUCCUUCGGUCUGAAAUCCGAAACUGUAGAAGUUACUUGUUGGAGGAGGUGAGCAGCCACGUUUUUUCUUCUUGUUCUCAGCACAUUUUUUCCAGCCAUUUUCCUCAAGCUCUCAAGCAUCCACAGCUCAAGAGCUUUUUCUGUGUGACCACUUCUGGGAGCGGCGCUACAGGAGACAACGUUUCAAUGGCGCUCCAUCUAAUUGGCCUGUCUGUGACGCUCUGGUCCAGCCCUAGUCAAGCCACACCCCUCUGGUUAAACAUGUCACUGGAGGGCAGUGCAGAAGCGGAGGACCAGGACAGCCUUAUUCCCAACCUGUCCACAACAGCCACCGUUGGCCCCGCCUCAGAAUCUUCAACAACCUUAGACGGUUCCACCCACGUAGAGCUCUCCCUGCUCGACCAAAUGGUUCAAUUCCUGCAGGACAACAUGCUCCUCAUCAUGGUUGCUUCCAUCCUCUUCAUCACUAUCUUCCUCAUCCUCUGCUGUGCUUGCAUCAUGAGCCGCAAGCGGAAAGUCAAUGCCUACUACCCCUCGUCCUUCCCCUCUAAAAUGUAUGUUGACCAGAGGGACAAGAGAGGAGAUGCCAAGCUCUUCAACGAGGUACCAGAGAGACUCUGCAACAAGGAGCAGGCUGAGCCAAUGGACUCCAGCAAACAACUCCAAGAGGACAUCAUGAGGGCAACCAAGAACCUCCGCACUCCUUCCAAACCUUCCCUGGUAAGGCAACAAGAAAAGGACAUCACACCAAUAGCUGUAGCCAAAACACCUGAGGUGACUGUGCCGGCUGAGGGGGAAUACACAGAGAAUGUUAAUGAGCCGUCAAAUCCACCGCCAGAGCCGAGCGAGGACGAGGGAUGCCAGGUUUCAGACAGUGAGGCCCAACCGAUGAGCUGCCCCGGGCAGCCAGAGACCCUUCCAGAAGAGACAGGCCUAAAAAUGGACGACGAGUCACUCACAGGAGCUCAGACUACAUUUGUCCCUGAACAGUUACAGGCCAAGCAGGAAGAUGACAGAGAGGACACCACCGUCACACAGUCAAUUCAGUUGAUCACUGGGGAAAAAACUGCAUUUUAACCAUGGUGGACAGUGGAUUUGAUUUAAUUGGUUUGUACACAUAAGUGACAAUUUUUUCAGCAAUCUGUGCUAUAUCCCUCUCUUAGGAUUCACCUAACAAUGUCUAUUUAGCUGUAUGUAAUCAUGAUAUACUGUUUAACCUGUUAACCCCUUAUCCUAACCCACUCUCUAAAGGGUAUAUUAUGUAACCCAGGCUGCCCUCAACCAAGCGACACUAUGUAACCUGACUAUACACCCAUAUAUUUAAUUUUUUCAUUUGUACAAAGGACAAAUUAAUGUUCCUGCCUUUGUUUUUGCCUCUCUUGCAUUUUUUGAUUGGUUAGUAAGGUGAUGAACCUAAGCUGAAGAUUCUGCUAAAUUGGAGAUUGCUUGGUAUAUUCAAAGACCAUCAGAGUGCUUGGAAUAUCAACUUGAACCCAGAAGGGCCACACUAGUGAAAAUUAGAACAAAUAUCAGUUUAGGUUUUAAUUUCAGGAUUAGCCAAUUAAAAUGCUUGACACGGUCAUGUUAUAGAAUGCUACAUUGUAGCUCAGAUAUCCUGGCAUUUGAUAGCCUAACAACAUGGCAGUGAUUAUUUACUGUUUUAGCUCAUUCACUUCUGUUUUAUUUCACCUUUAUUUAACCAGGUGAGCAGAUUUACAUUAACAAUCUGACCGAAGGCAUAACAAUUUCAAGACGAAACACAGUUAUACAUACAUUUUUGGUGUCAUUGUGGUAAACUAAACGUAUUUACGGAGGUGAAUUUAAGCAACAAGCCUGCAAAUUAUAUUGCCGAAUACCUGUCCUGGCAGGAUGGUCAUUUACACAAAAACAUGUUUUGCAGUGUGUGUAAAGGAUGCUUUGUUGCGAAUUAGAAACCAAUUCUGGAUUUGACUUCAGACUGGAGAUUAAGCCUGGAGGUUAAGAUUGGAGGUUUAGACUACAGGUUUAGACUGGAGGUGGCCUUUGUGGGUCUGGAGAGAGAAAGGUCCAACCAGAGACCAACACACGUAUAGGUAUGAACCCACUAAGAGCCAUCUGAGAAUGUUUGGGGGCCAGGCAGGUACAGGUCAUUUCAGAUUGAAUUGAGCAUUUUGUUUUACCAGAGUAGUUGGAGAUCAAGAAAAGCGUGUUGCAUGUCUUUCAAUGUGUUGAAGUUUGGUCAGCACAGUGUUAAACAAGGGGCCAGAUGUAUACAAGGCAGUGUUGUUUAACGUGGUUAGUAUAGUUUAUCAUCUUUAAAUAUUUACAUUAACAGACUUCCAAAAAAUAUCACCCCACCACUUCUUUUAAACAGCCGAGGUAUGGGUCAGUACAACAACUGUGGAACAGAUAAACAGAGCUAUGGAUGACGGUCCUGUCUUAAAAUGAAGGCCAUUCCGAGACAAGUUCUGUUCUAUCUGUGUCCCACAGACACGACAACUAUCACCUUACCAUCACAUUACUGUAUCUGGUUGACUGUACCUAAGGCACUUUCAGUGUUUUGACACUUAGCUGCACCACACCACCCCAAUUAGCCUAACCGUCGCCUUUUAAAUGUGUAAACUUGUUUUUUAGGUUUUAAUGUGUCCUGACUGUGUGGACAGCUGUUUUGGACAGGGCUCUUUUAAGAGAGAUUUUCAAUCUCACUGACACUUGCCAGGAAAAGUAGAUGAAGUUAGAUAAUAUAAAAUCAAUGAGAACAAAUUAAUCACUUUAAGAUCAUUUUUUAGAUCUAAGUAAUGAUGAAGAAAAAGAAAACCAGCAGGCUGCGGACAUCGUAAGGUAAGACUCGAGUAGCCCUAUUAUACGCUUUUGUUCACAGUCCAGAAAUCAGUUCACAGUCCCGGGAAGGACCUUCCAAACAGUGACGUCACAAACUCACAUGACCGUACCCUGCUAGCAACUUAAAGACGCAGCCUAGGAUUCAGCAAUUUCUCUAAACCUCCCGUUUAGGCCUGGAUGUUAAAUGUUGUUUAUAUGAGUAAAAUCUAUAAGCAGAAUAAAUAUCAUACCUCAGUCAGCCAUGACGUUCCGGCUCAAAAGCGCCAUAUUCAUAACCACUGGCCCAAAAUCGCAGGCUGCAUCUUUAACAGGUCACGAUAGAGAAAGAAAUGCAUGAGUAGCAGAGUACGAACACAACGCUGAGGAAAACGUUUCGCAUCACUCUCUGUGCUGAACUGUCUUACAUAGAGGCACUAACGCUAGUAAACUAUAUCAAAUAGUGUAUGGCUUUCUUCAUUAUUUUUUCAGGGUUGUGAUGAUUAUGAAAUAUUGGGUACAAUUUGUCAUUCAAGUUUCAAAGGUUCCUGCGGUAACGUCAAUUUGUUUGUGCCUCAGUAAUGCAAAAGUGUACAUACUGGCCAAGAGAGAUUCAGGGGUAAACCGCUUCGUCUGGGGCACAACACCACAGGUUGCGUUGAUUCCAGCCUACUGCAAUCUCAGCAAUCCUCUCCAUCCUUUAUUAAUGAAGCAAGACAUUACCAAACACAUUUUACCCUAUAAAAUACAAAUGACAAAAAAACUUGUAUAAUAUACUAUAUGUAUAGACACUCAAAAAGGAGGAUAAACACCUAAGAUGUAUUAAGAUUAUUGUCUGUAAUUGUCUGUUAGAACCUAAAUAUUAUGUCCUAUAACUUACCUUAACCUACCUGCGAUUCAGCAGAAAUGUCUUAAUCAGUAACAGCAUAACACAUGGAUU